UUACCUGCUUAUAUAUAUUGCAAAUUUUGUUUCCAGCUCUCUGUUUACAGUGUAGGGUAUUUUUUUCUAUUUGUUCAUUUUAGAUGACAUCUAAAAAUAAUAAUAAAAACGACCCUGGUUGCAAGUAUUGCAAAAGGUUUCAUCCACAAAAUUCUACCAAGUUGAAAUGUAAUUUUUGUUUAGCGUUUGGUGGUUCCGUUUAACUAUUAAAAUAUUAUGUUUUAUGACAUUUGAAAGUUUUUAUAAGUGUUUGUUUGUGUUGAAAACUUGUUCUAAUAAAUUGUGCCUUGCUACCAAGCAACAAAAAAAAUAAAAAAAAUUGUGCUUCGAGUCAAUAAAGUGUGUGCCUUGCCUUGCGCUAAAGCUCUAGGGGACCUUGGCGCCUCAGCGUACCUUUCGCCAUUUAAAACACUGGAUAAGCCAAGAACUCAUGGGUCUCGAGUGACCUCCUGGUUAUGUUAUACGGAGUAUAUUGUUUCAUUUCUACAUAGCUUUUAAUUGGUGUGUGAUAUGAAAUGAGGUCAUACUUUGACUCUAGCGAUUUGACUGUUGAUCUCAUGUACCUAACCUGGUUUCUUCUUUGGCUUAUUGAACUGUCGAUGUUUUACCUUUGUUCAUUAGAUAAAUCUUUUUAAAAAAGUAAGAAUAUGGGAUGUUGGGCUAAUAAGCAAACAAAGCUAUUCCAGUUUGACAUCGUGUUCAUUUAGUUAAAAGCCCGUUUGAGAGGACAUAAACAAACCAAACUUAAACAUUUUGUGGAACCAGUUAAGUUUUCAAUCCAAGUUUGGACAUGCAACUAUUUGGCUCGUUUAUCACGUGAUUUUUAAAAAAUUCGAACUACUCGCGUUCGGUUUGUAACCGCCUUGAUUAAAGCUCGUUGGAGAUCGGCUCGCUUAAUGAAGAAGCCAAGCUUAAACAUGUUAAGAGUUUUGAAUGAUUCAUUGUUCGGCUCCUUUGAAAGCCUGUUUUAUGUGGUUUAAUGCUUAGUUGCAUGAAGCGGGAGCGCGGAAGCGGGCAAAUAUAGAAGCUCCCGAAGUUGGGAGCGGGAUAGGAGCGUAUAAUAUAUAAGAUUUUUUUUUACAUAAAAAAUUAUUUUGGGCUAGACAUGUACUAGUACCAAAUAAGUCUACUUGGCCCAAAAAAAGUCCAUCAUAUGAGAGAAAAAGGAGGCAUAGGCCCAUAAAAGCCUUAGUUAGUGGGCUGCUGUAAUACCUUCAAAUACAAAACAGGAGUAUAAAAAAAAGAAAAAAAACAACUACUCUGUAAGGCCAUCUACAGUGGUAUAAUAAAAAAAAGAUAACCAAAAGUUGACACAUCACAAUGGUUACUUCUAGUCCAUAAUCAAAAUAAGGGUCCACUUAAGAGGUUGUUAAGCUUAACAACAUUGAGUUUCGCAAUGGUCACUUCUAGUCCAUAACCAAAAUAAGGGUUCACUACAAUUUUACUCUCUCUCCUCCUCUGUUUUCUAUCAUUCACUUCUUUCCAUUUACGUUUUUUUUUGGUAAAAAUAUAUCGAUUUCUUCUAUUAAUUUUGGGGAAAAAUCGGUGAUUUUCUUCCCUCUUAUUAUGAAUUUUUUUGGGGAAAAAAAGUAGAAACGGGAAAGAAGAGUGAAAUACCUUAAUUCGGCGAUGAUGGGUUGAAUUGUAGAUGAUCGAGAAAUAUGAGCUUCACUUUUUAAGGGAAAGAAAAAGAAAUAAUAUGUGGAUAAAGUGAUGAAGAUAUAGAGUAGGCGAAGAAGGGAAUAAAAAAAUAACAAUUGAAACACGCGUAUAUAUAAAUUUUGAAACUAGUUAAUUUAUGUGGUUUGCAGUCCACAAAUUUUGAUUAUUGAGAAAUAUUGUUAGUUUUGAUUAUCCAAAGUCUAAAAUUUGAUUAUUUCUAAGAAUGUUGCUAAGUUUAAUUAUACUAUUGUUAAUCAUCUUUUAUACUAACAUUAUUAACUUUAAAAAUAAUUGACUUUUAAUUGUAUCACUGUGGAUGACCUAAGUUGCUAUACAGCUGUACGCUUGUAACUAUUAAUAUUCUAAUUUCUAGUAAAAAAAAAAAGUUGACAGCUGUACUCAUCUUUGUUACAUGGAAUAACAAAACCCUAAAACGAAUAUUGUUCAGAUAUUGCAGCAGCCGCAGCUCUUCGUCGACGAUAGGAAUCGCAGCAGCAGUCGUCCAGGUAAACUAGACUGUGGACCUAAUAAUCAUUGAGUAAGCUUUCCAACAAAGGGGGUGAUGGCUUCUUUGUUCAAGGAUCCGAGCAAGCUUUCACCAUAUCGGGACAGAAGGUUUCCCGGAACACAAGAAGAAUUUGAACAUGCACUCCAGACAGCAACUACUGUUUAUGUUGGAAAUAUGUCCUUUUAUACUACAGAAGAGCAAGUUUAUGAGCUGUUCUCUCGAGCUGGAGAAAUUAAAAAGAUAAUCAUGGGUUUAGACAAGAACACGAAAACUCCUUGUGGCUUCUGUUUUGUCUUGUACUACUCAAGAGAGGACGCUGAAGAUGCUGUGAAAUAUAUAAGUGGGACAAUUCUAGAUGAUCGUCCUAUUAGAGUUGAUUUUGAUUGGGGAUUUCAAGAGGGAAGGCAGUGGGGCCGUGGUCGAAGUGGUGGACAGGUCCGAGAUGAAUAUCGCACCGAUUAUGAUCCUGGUAGAGGUGGUUAUGGAAAAUUGGUUCAGAAAGAGUUGGAAGCACAAAGGCAGCUGGUAGAUUAUGGUACUGGCUCAUUGGGCGAUUAUGGUACUGGCUCAUUGGGCUCUUUCCAGCCUGUUAUGCCAUCCCACUAUGGUAGACAUGGUGGAAACCAUGGUCAAGGGGGCUUUAAUCGGCAUGGUCGAGAGCAUAAUCGAGAUUACCAUCGGAAGCGCCAUAGGGAAGAUGAUCACCGGGGGCCGCCUAUAUCAAAGAGAAGUUCUGAUCAUGAAUCCAGGAGAAACCCUGAUCCUGACUCGAGACCGGAGAAGAAUCCUCGUUUCCGUGAGAGUGGAGACUCUGAUGAUGAUGAUGAAGACGUUCGUAAGAGACGGUCUUAGCUGAUUUUAAUUGCGGUUUGAAGAUCUGUGAAGUAAUUGCCUCUGCGUUUCGCACCUAUGGUAUAACAAAUCCUGUUCAGAUAUAGUAGUAGGGUUGCAUAGGUUGCAAUCUUGCUGCUAGAAAAGAGGAAAAUUUUCAUUAUAUGCCUUGCUGCUGAAUCAUGCUACUACAAGUGAUGAGAUUUUACUCUUUCAUACGGGACUGCUGGAAAAUUAUUGGGUAGUUUCGGGGCACUGCAAUGUGAUGUCUCAAUGCAUUUAAUGCUAUACAUUCUUGUGGAGUUCGCAAUUAUAUGUUGUAGGGCAUUGGGGCACUAUGUGAUGGUGACCCAAGAGCAUUGAAUCAAGAACUCACUUUUGCUUCUUAAAUUCCUCUGAUGCCUUGUUCAAUUGUAUAAAAGUUGGGAUCUGUAACUCAAUAUCCCUUCUCCCAAUUAUGGCAUAUGCAUAGAAAUUUCUUUGAAUCAACUACUGUUCUAAGAUUCUUCUGCAUCACUGUUGCUAUAGAUUUUGAAUGAAGGAAGCUUAUGAGCAAAGAAA